AUGGAUCCUAAAACCCAUCCCGUCAUCACAGUCACCAACAUCAGAAAUUUCAUAUCAUUUACCCUCAAGAUGGAGAGUGGCCAAUACACCUCCUGGGCAGAAUUGUUCUGUAUUCACUGUCGGGCCUUUCAGGUCGGAAACCACAUUGACCCUAACUCAAAACCUCCUUCGUCAACCGCUUCCACAGCAACUGAACCCGAUAAGACCAAGGCUGCCACUGAAUUGGAAUCCUGGUCUCGUCUUGAUGCUAUUUGUCUUCAAUGGAUAUAUAGCACCAUCUCGAAGGACCUUCUUCAUACUAUUCUUAAAAUGUUGGCGGACCAACUUGCCAAUGUGGGUAAUCCUGUUUCAAACACGUGCCUUGUUUUACAACUGAUUGUUGGUCUAAAUGAAAGCUACGAAGGUGUGGCCAUGCUCAUCCAACAAACCACGCGCCUACUUGAUUUCUAUGAUGUUCGUUCAAAAUUAAUCAUGGAAGAAGCCCGGAAAGCACGUUAA